GGCGAGCGGGUUGUGAAUGUUUGCCUCUUCUCUGACUGCUGAUCUUACAGCCUGCAGUCAGGUAAAAUGCUGCAAAAUCAUUUUAUGGUCUUGUAAGAAUCAAGGUUUGGAUUCUGUGAGUCCACACGGGUUUCUUGUUCAGUCAGGUCUCAGUGAUGUUAUGAAGAUGUCUGAUCACAGAAACAUAAGAGAUGACAAGGAUGAUGAUGUGUUAGAGCUUUCAGCCAGCGAUGAAUCUGAGCCUGAAGAAGCACCAAGAGAACCUCCGUUUGACCCAGAGCUGGAUCAAAGUGAUGAAGACGGAGAAGUGAUUACCUCUGUUUCACCUUCUGCUCCUGCAACGCAGAGUUCUUUCAGCCUGAGUGGAGCGAGUUCAGGCUUCUCAUUCCGCAGCCGCAGCAUCUUUGACUGCCUGGACAGUGUAGAGAAGCGUUCUGUCACCCUGCAGAACCAAGGGAACUCAACAGAAAGCAGAAAGACGAGUCACCCUCCUUCCACAUCUCCUAUACCACAGAAGAAGAGGGGAGUCCCAGAUUAUCUGGUGCACCCCGAGCGAUGGACACGCUACAGCCUGGAGGAUGUAGUGGAGAGCACCGAUCAAGAUAACAGGAGAGCAGCUCACCAGUUCCUGUCUGGUCUGCAUCAGGAGACAAAAAUUGGUCCUCGCUGUGACGUCCAGGAGAGGAUGAUCUUCUCUAGACCAAAGCAGCUCUCAAAAGAUCAGGUGGUUGUGCAGCUGGAACCUGAUUUGCAGGGAAAGGAGAGAGAGUUACAGCUGAGUCACCUGGCUGAGGAGGAUGAGGAUAAUGAAGGCAGAGAAAGAGUAGAGGUUGGAGAUACAACAGAAAAAUCAAAACAAGAAAAGAAAAAUAAAGAGAAAAGCAUGGGUGAACCUGUGGCUCUGGAAGAGGAGAAGUUAGAUAAGUCCAAAGUUAACUUCACCUCCUUCAGGAAGACCACAGCAAAGAACUACAGAAGAAAUUCUGGAGAAAAAGAGGACUGACUUCUGAAUUGAUGCAAUACUAAAGGAUGUCUGACCUGUCAGACAGCAGUACUCCUUCUGCACAGAACUUCUAUUUCAUUCAUUUCUUGGGUGGGGCAUGCAGAAUCCUCAUUUCUUGUUUUUACAAAUGAAGUUUUAAGCAUCUGUAAUUGGUGUAGUGUAAUUCUGCCCUGAUUUGACCUGUCCUUGUCCUAGUACUUAGAAAGAGAUUUAAAAUGUUUUUUGUUUUGUUUUUAUUUUUUUUUCAAAGUAGAAUACAAAUUCCAUAAUCCUCAAGCUGUCUUUUAAAAAGAAAAUCUGUUUAGUGUACAACUUGUUCAAUUUUGAGAAUAAAAAAAAACAAGUGUCUCAAA